AUGCCUGCACAAAAGACGAUCACCAAGCCCGAGGAGGUCGGCGAGUCCUCAACUUCUGCGGCCAAGAAGGCUCUGACCGCAGCGUCAAACGGCGCCCCCAACUAUGAGCUUCCUUGGGUCGAGAAGUACCGUCCCGUUUUCCUUGAUGAUGUUGUCGGAAACACCGAAACGAUCGAUCGCCUCAAAAUCAUUGCGAAGGAAGGAAACAUGCCGCACGUCAUCAUCUCGGGUAUGCCUGGUAUUGGAAAGACGACAAGUGUACUCUGUCUGGCAAGACAGUUGCUGGGAGACUCAUACAAGGAGGCAGUCCUAGAGCUGAACGCUUCUGAUGAAAGAGGUAUUGACGUUGUCCGUAACCGCAUCAAGGGUUUCGCCCAAAAGAAGGUCACUCUCCCCCAAGGCCGCCACAAGCUUGUCAUCCUCGACGAAGCCGACAGCAUGACAUCGGGCGCGCAGCAAGCCCUUCGCCGCACGAUGGAGAUCUAUUCCAACACAACCCGCUUCGCCUUCGCCUGUAACCAGUCCAACAAAAUCAUCGAACCUCUCCAGUCUCGUUGCGCAAUCCUGCGUUACGCCCGCCUCACCGACGAGCAGGUCGUCAAGCGUUUGCUGCAAAUUAUCGAGGCUGAAAAGGUUGAGUAUAGCGAUGAUGGCCUCGCUGCGCUCGUCUUCAGUGCCGAGGGCGACAUGCGACAGGCCAUCAACAACCUGCAAUCAACCUUUGCCGGUUUCGGCUUCGUUUCCGGUGACAACGUCUUCAAGGUCGUGGACUCGCCGCACCCGAUCAAGGUGCAGGCCAUGCUCAAGGCUUGCUACGAGGGCAAUGUCGACUCGGCUUUGGACAGUCUGAGGGAGCUUUGGGAUCUGGGAUACUCGAGCCAUGACAUUAUCAGCACCAUGUUCAAGGUCACCAAGACCAUCCCUACUCUGAGCGAGCAUUCGAAGCUGGAAUUCAUCAAGGAGAUUGGAUUUACGCAUAUGAAGAUCUUGGAAGGAGUACAGACGCUGCUGCAGCUGAGCGGCUGCGUGGCGAGGCUGUGCAAGAUCAACAUGGACCCCAAGAAGUUUGAGGCGCCGUCAAAAUGA